CUUCGUUCUACGAACACAAACAUGCAGUCGUCAUCUUCCAGAUACAAUCUGAGGCGAAGUCACCAGAACGAGGAGUUCGAUGCAGGAAGCAAUAAGCGACGAAAGAACCCCACCACAGCAUCGAACUCCACCAAACGUGGUCACCGACUCUUGCAGAACGUGGUCGAUGAACUUGCAGUUCAAUCGCCAGACACACCUUGUUUUGCCAUUGCUCGGAGCGAUGUUGCAGCCUUCGAGGACAUUACAUUCGGACGCCUAGCUAAUGCAGUCAACAGAACUGCGCAAUGGCUCAAAAGAACUAUCAGUCCCAAGCCCGGGAUGGUCCUGGCAUUUCUAGGGCCUUCUGAUAUCCGCUAUCCGCUGUUCGUUCUGGCGACAAACAAGCUUGGAAUGGUUGCUUUCUUGCCUUCCCCGCACAACCCUACAAGGAUUCAAAGUGAGCUGCUGAAGGCGACGAAAUGCUCGCACCUACUCUGCGCGGAAUCGAAGAGGGAAACUGCAGCAGAGAUUGUUGCGGGACUCUCCUCUGUGAAUCGUGCGUUCUCGGCUGCAAUAGCUGUGCCUGAGGUCCAGGAACUCCUUGAUCCAGCGCCUGCGGCCCUCGAAACAGUCAGCCAAAGUUGGAAACAACACAAGGACAAGCCAUUCGUGAUCCUCCACACAUCUGGGACCACUGGCACGCCCAAACCUAUUGCGCUCCCGCACAGCUAUUACGUCUAUGAGGAUACGAGCCAUGCCCCUGUAUAUCAAGACGCAAUGACGACCAAGGCCUUCCCAGCCGGAGCAAGGUGUUUGUGUCUCGCGCCCAUGUGGCAUGCUGGCGGAAUCUUCUUCUCGCUCAUGAAGCCUGUCCUGAGUGGCAUUAUCUCCCUCAUACCACCUAGCGGACUACCGGUUACUCCAGACCUGAUCGAGGCAUGCGUGCAAGCUACGAAAGUCGACAUUUUACAUUCUCCGCCAGCCAUUGUGGCCGGAUUGGUGGCCGAAGAAAGAUUUCACGGACUUCUGCGAGACUUGCCGAACAUCCAGAUUGGAAGUGGACCAAUGCGGAAAUCGAGCGGUGACCAGAUGCUGAGCAUCAAUCCAAAGGUGAAUCACUUCUUUGGCUCGACUGAAACCUACCUUUUACCCCUUCUCCCACUGGAAGACCCUGUUGCAGACUGGCAAUAUCAUCGACUACAUCCAUUGAGUGGUGCCAGAUUUGAGCCAGUAGAUGAUGGACUGUUCGAAUUGGUGAUCCAGAAGCUCGAGGGUACUGCACAGCCAUGCUUUGCCGUGUAUCACGAUGUGACUACGUUUCACACAAAAGAUGUCUUGUCUCCGCAUCCUUCCAAGCGAGGUCUGUGGAAGUUUGAAUGUCGCUUGGACGACGUGAUCACUUUCGACACGGGCGAGAAACUGGUUGCUAGUAAGAUAGAGUCCACGAUUAUCGGCAUUCCUGAGGUCAAAGCUGCUCUGGUUGUUGGUCAAGGUAGAGCUCAGCCUGCUCUCUUGAUCGAGCUGGAAAAUUCCACAGAUAGCUCUGAGGUUCUGGACAUGGUUUGGGCAACCGUUUCCGAGCUCAAUGCCACUGCCCCCUCUUAUGGACAAAUAUCAAAAGACAGGAUUGCAGUUGCCAAGCAGCCCUUCACGAAGACACCCAAGGGUACUGUCAAGAGGCGUGAGACCGAAGUCUCUCUUCAAGCUGAGAUUGAUAGUUUGUAUCGACAGUCUCAAACCGCCCCAGGCCUGCGAAUUGUGCAAGAUACAGCCUCUCUGUCCGACGUCUCGAAUUUCGUCAGCGCGGUUCAAGCAGACGUGAUGGGUACAGAACUUCGCAAAGAUGACGAUGUACUGGCAGCUGGGAUGGACUCACUGCAGGUGGCACGUCUUGUGCGGGAGCUCAAUAAAGUUCUCGCGGCGUCUACCGAACAAGCAGCCAGUCUGCCUCGCAUCACACCCGCAACACUUUACUCACAUCGAUCUGCCAACGCGCUCGCGGAAACCAUACACACCGAUCUCUGUGCCUUACAUGCAGGACAUCGGCACAAGGGAGGUCGACAUGCGGGAAGCCACGAUCACGAUUCCCACGGCCAUCUGCUCGGCAAGCAUAGUCGCAAACUACCCAAACAACGCAACCGCCGCAAAUUAGAUGCCACGUUGCACUCAAUGCAUCAUACAGUCCUUACGGGCUCUACAGGAAAUCUCGGGCCACAUAUUCUGCAUCGUCUGAUUCGUACAGAACAGGUAAAGCGGAUUGUAUGUCUGAAUCGAGCACAGAAUGCGCGCGAGCAGUUCCUGGUGUCGUUUCCAGAUGACAAGUCGCAUAUGCACAAAGUGCGCUUCCUAUCAACGUCGAAUCUGAAUGCUCCCAAUCUCGGCUUGCCUCAGAAAGAUUUCGAAGACCUGGUACAGAACACAACCACUCUGAUCCAUAAUGCGUGGCCAGUCAACUUCCACCUCCCUCUACUCGACGCCAAGAGCGACAUCAAAGCCACAUCCUCGAUGGAAACGCUAGACGCUCACGUUGACGGAUUGAGCUCGCUUAUCAACUUCAUCGCUGCCGGCAAUAAACAUCCUCAACUCGUCUUUGUCUCCAGCCUAUCAGCCGUGAUUCGCCACCACGACCCAGUCUCCAAGAAGAUACCCGAAACAAUUAUCACUGACCCGGCCGCUCCCGAAUCUGGAGGCUACGCUCAAAGCAAAUGGAUGGCGGAACAACUUCUGCACUCCGCAGUCCAAGCCCACACGAUUCGCAAAGUCAAGAUUAUCCGACCUGGACAGAUCGCCGGCCCGUUGCCUGAUAGUAGCGUCUCUGAUGGCUCACCAGGAGGACUCUGGAGUCGCGAUCAAGCUCUUCCAAGCUUGAUUCAAAGCUCUAUGGCGAUGGGCGUCUUGCCAGACAGCCUUGGAGAGAAGAACCGUGUCAGAUGGGUUCCAGUCAAUACGUGCGCGAGAGUCAUUGUGGAGAUCGCAGAAGAGACUUCACGCGCAGUGGUGGCGGGAGCCGUCAACGGAGGCGAAGCGGACGAAGUCAAAGUGUAUAACGUCACGAAUCAUACACCGCCUGCAGAAGGAAAGGAAAGCCGGGAACUUACGUGGACCGAUGACAUUCUGCCAAUUAUGCAACAGCAUGCCAAAUCUUAUCGGCCGGACACACUACAGGAAGCCGUCUCGAUGAGAGACUGGAUUGAUCGCGUGGAGGAAUUUGGGCCCAAGCCUGAAAAUCCAGCUUACAGACUGCUGCAUUUCUACGAGGAAUUGAUUGAUUCUGAAGAGGAUCAGGGACUGGGAGCAAGGAUAGCUACCGAGAGAGCCACAUCAAAGAGCAAAACGUUGGCAGACUUGGGACCUGUGCAGAAGGAGUGGAUGGAAUACUGGCUGAGGAGCUGGGAAGAGGUAAAUUCGCUGUCAUAAAUCAAGGUGCAUGCCUCUACUAUGCAAGGAAGCGCAAGGCCCAAGAAAGUGAGGGCCUUGCGCUCAGUCAUCGCCCAACCCGGACGAGUCAACAGUUGAAUGCAUAUCAUGUGCUUUGGAGGCUCUUCUCAGUCAUCUUGCUCCUUGAACUGGCUGCUUGGCAUCACAGCGAUCAAUCUCUUUGUCUUCACAGAAUCGUUUACAAUGCAUUUAUCUAUACGCUCACCAAAAUCCUUAUACACG